GUACUGGUUUCUCCGCUGGCCCCGCCCCCGCGCAUGCGCAGUUGCCGCCAUGGCGCCGCUCCCAGUCCAUGUCCUUUACUGCGGAGCCUGAGGCUACAAACCCAAGUUUGAGCAGCUGCGGCGGGAACUGGAGCGGCGCUUCCCGGGAGCCCUGGACGUGCGCGGCCAGGGCACCCCGGAGGUGACGGGAUGGUUUGAGGUGACCGUGGGGGGACGCCUGGUCCACUCCAAAAAGAACGGCGAUGGCUUCGUGGACAGCGAGCCCAAACUGCGCCGGAUCGCGGCCGCCAUCGAGUCCCGCCUGGCCUAGGCCCCGCUAGGGCAGCGCUGUCGCGACAUGGCGCGAGAGACGGCAGAUAUCGCGAUAGAGCGGGGGGAUCGAUGGAUAUCGCGAUAGAGCGGGUGGGAUCGAUGGGAUAUCGCGAUAUAUUGGCCGAUAUCGGUAGAUAUUGGUAGACGGCAAUGGGUAUCGCGAUAUAUCGGGAGAUAUCGAUGGAUAUCACGAUAUACUGGCAGAUAUUGGUAGACGGCAAUGGGUAUCGCGAUAUAUCGGGAGAUAUUGAUGGAUAUCGUGAUUUAUCAGCAGAGGUUGAUUGAUAUCGUGAUGUACCAGGAAAUACCAGAAGAUACUGGCAGAUAUUGCGAUAUAUGGGGAGAUAUUGAUGGUUAUCGCGAUAUAUCAGGAGAUAUUGGUGGAUAUCGCGAUACGCCAGCAAAUAUCGCCGGAUAUCACGAUAUAUCGGGAGAUAUCACAAUAUAUCGGGAGAUAUCGCCGGAUAUCACGAUAUAUCGGGAGAUAUCACAAUAUAUCGGGAGAUAUCGCCGGAUAUCACGAUAUAUCAGGAGAUAUCACCGGAUAUCGCGAUAUAUGAGGAGAUAUCGCCGGAUAUCGCGAUAUAUCGGGAGCCAUCUCGGGACAUGUCGCGACAGCGCUGCCCCCCCCGGCCCCCCGCCCCCCCCGCUCCAUGACGGGAAUCGCCGAAACGCCGCCGGCACCGGCGCUGCCCCGACCCCGCGCGGGAGGGACGCGGGGCCCAGCCCCCCCAAAACCCCCAAACUUCACCCCAAAAUUCUCACAUCCCACCCAAACCCCCCCCGAUCCCCAGAGUCCCCCAAAAUUUCACCCCAGAUCCCUCAGAGCCCACCCAAAAUCCCAACAUUUCACCCCAAAUCCCUCAAAUCCCACCCUGACCCCUCAGAGCCCACCCAAAAUUCCAAAAUUUCACCCCAAAUCCCACCCAAAAUCCACUCUGACCCCCAGAGCCCGCCCGAAAUCCCAAAAUUUCGCCCCAAAAUUCACAAAUCCCACCCUGACCCCCAGAGCCCACCCAAAAAUCCCAAAAUUUCACCUCAAAUCCCACCCAAAACCCACCCUGAACCCUCAGAGCCCACCCAAACCCCUGAAAUUUCACCCAAAAUCCUGUGGAUCCAACCCAAAAUCUCUCCAUUCCACCCAAAAUCCUCAAAUUUCACCCAAAAUCUCUUUAUUUCACCCAAAACCCUCAAAUCCCACCCAAAACCCUCAAAUCCCACCCAAAGCCCCUCGGAGCCCACCCAAAAUCCCAAAAUUCCACCCCAAAACCCCUCAAACCCACCCAAAACAUUCCAAUAUUUCCUUCCGCCCCAAAUCCUUCAUGUCCCACCCCAAAAAUUUUUUUUUUCCCCUCUCCCAAAAUUCCCCUUUUACCCCCAAAUCCUUCCCCUCGCUGCCUUCGCCGCUGCCGUUUUGGGCCAAAAUCACCUUUUUUUUGGGGUUUUCCUCCUGCGGAGGGCUCCUGGCAGGGUGAAAAAUGGGGAAAAACUCUUUGAAAGCACUGCAAAUGUGUUAUUAUUUCUUUGUUUCCCCGGUUUCUGGGAUCUCUGUGGCCUUUUGGGAAUAAAACUUUGGAAUUUUGAGCCCAA